AUGCUUAACGAUAAAGUGGGGGCUAUAGUCAAUGUUAACAGGAUCAAAGCAAGUCACUGGACAGUAACAUUAAAUAUAAAUGCAAAGAAGAUCGUAUUUAAGAUUGACACUGGUGCAGAUGUUAAUAUUCUUUCCACCAAAGAUCUUGAUAGCUUAUCUCUACCUAACUGUUUUGAGGUUCAACCAUCAACAACCAAGCUUGAGGCUUUUUGUGGGUUCAAAAUAAACACAGUGGGGGAAGUAACACUGCCAGUUACAGUGGCUUCUAAAUUGUACAACAUCACAUUUAUUGUGGUUGAUUCUGAAAAGACAACACCAAUAAUAGGACUUAAUUCAUCAAUUGCAAUGGGCCUCAUCAAGAGAAUAUCUAUUGAUGCAGUAAGCAAAAUACCCGACGUACAAACGCUGGUUGAAGAGAAUAAAGAUGUAUUUGUAAACCAAGGUUGUUUUCCUGAAGUACUGAAACUGAAACUUAAGGAAGGGGCUGUUCCAAGAAGUUCACCUGCCCGUAGAAUACCUAACAAAUUAAUGGAUCGUCUUAAGCAGAAGCUGGAUUCGUUGGUAUCAAGAAACAUAAUUGAGAAAUGUGAAUCUGGAGAAUGGGUACACAACCUCGUUAUAGUGGAAAAACAUAAAACUGGAGAUUUGAGAGUUUGUCUAGACCCAAAGGAAUUGAAUAAAAGUUUGAUUCGAGACUAUGUUUUAAUCCCAACUCUUGAUGAAAUUACCACUAAGUUAGCUAAGAAAAAAUACUUCUGUGUGUUUGAUUUGAAGGAUGGGUUCCAUCAGGUUCCCUUGGAUCCAGAGUCUUCAAAACUGUGUACAUUUAGCACUCCGUUUGGCACUUAUCGUUAUUUACGAGCACCAUUUGGUCUCUCAGUUCUUCCAGAGUACUUUCAUGAAACAACAUCAAAGUUUUUUAGUGACGUUAAGGGGGUUGUAGUGUACUUUGACGAUAUUCUGUGUGCAGCAGAAACAAAAGAAGAGUUAUACAAAAUUGUAGGUACUUGA